AUGAGGCCAGUCUGUCUCCAUGAGGCCACGGGGGUCUAUCUCCAUGAGGCCAGUCUGCCUCCCCAUGAGGCCAAGGCCUGUCUCCAUGAGAAGGCUGGGAGUAACACUUUCCUUUUCCCUUUUGAUUGUGAUGGACUUCCGCCCCGUCUUCCCCCUCUUCCUUUCCAGUCGUACUGCAGUGAUCCUGACCUGGUGCUGCAGCUGAAGAACCUCAUUGUCAUAUUUGCAGACACAUUACAGGGUUAUGGCUACCCAGUGAACAGACUGUUUGACCUGCUGUUUGAGAUCAGAGACCAGUACAAUGAAACUUUGCUGAAGAAAUGGGCUCUGGUGUUCAGGGAGAUCUUUGAACUGGACAACUACAGCCCUAUCCCCGUAGAGACUGAAGAAGAGUACAAGUCUGUCGUUAGUAGAUUCCCCUUCCACGACGCAGAAAUUGAAAAGCAAGACUUUCCAAAGAAGCUACCGAUGUCUCAGUCUGUGCCUCAGAUCUACGUUCAGGUCAAAGAGUUCAUCUACGCCAGUCUGAAGUUCUCCGAGUCACUGCAUCGCAGGUGAGUCAGUCGGAUCACCGGCUGCUUCUCAAAUCACUACCUA